GGUGUUUUCUUGUCAGGUCGCACGCGGCGGGGGGAGCGGGGACGUCGGAUCUUCACUUUGGCGACUUCAGAACGUUCGAUGGCGGGCUCGGCGUCGGCUCUCGUGUGCGGAUGACGCUGCGGGGGGGGGGGGUCUCUGCUUUGUGUUUUUGCCGGGAGUACAGGAGAGGAAGCCUCCUUUACCAGCCGAGAAACUGCAUCCCUCCCUCCCUCCCUCCCUCCCUCCCCGUCCUUUUGUCUCUCAUACGUGUGUUUUUUAAAACUCGUCGACAUGGACGCGCCGGGCCGGGUCGGCGUCUCUCUGGUGAAGCGGCUUUUUGACGACGUGACGAACAUGUCGGACGUGGUCCAGCCGAACCCCCGCGGCUGCGACAACGGAGCGCUGACGGACAGGUUCGGCGUGCUGAUCCAGGGGCUGCUGGCCGUCGUCGCCUUCAGCACCUUGAUGCUGAAGAGGUACCGGGAGCCGGUAGGGAUCAGACGACCGUGGAGGAUCUGGUUUUUCGACACGUCCAAGCAGGCCAUUGGUGCUUUGUUCAUCCACUUUGCCAAUGUCUUCCUGUCCACCCUCACGAAAGAGGACCCAUGUUCCCUGUAUUUGAUGAACUUUCUGCUGGAUGCCACGCUGGGGAUGCUGGUCAUUUGGGUGGGGGUCAAGGUGGUAUCCAAAGUGGUGGAGCACAAGCAGUGGACGUUACUCACCUUUGGAGAGUACGGUGACCCUCCGCAGGCAGCAGCAUGGUUAGGUCAGUGUGGCAUCUAUCUGCUCAUCAUGGUGCUGGAGAAAGGCAUCAUCAGCCUGGUGCUGCUUAUUCCCGGCUGGUCCAAUUUGCAAGAGGUGUUAUUGAGCUACAUUGCCAACCCUCAGCUCGAGCUGGUGCUGGUCAUGCUCAUCGUGCCCUUCAUAGUGAACUCCAUCAUGUUCUGGGUGGUCGACAGCCUGAUGAUGAGGAAGUACAAAACAAUGAAGAGCCUGGAUGACUCCUGUGACAGUGCUGUGAAGAAGGCUGACUCGCUACCUUGGGUCACCAACGAGGAGUCGCGGGUCCUGCUGACCGUAGAGACGGACACAGAGGAGGCUUCAGAAGACGAGGAGGAGCACGAUGCUGUCGGACAGCCUCUCCACCCGCAGCCCUCGGGGGCAGCCAUCAAACCUACAUGGGUGGUGGUGUAAAAAUGCAAGUAACUCCAACUGCUACUGGCAAUGAGGCGCACACACUAAACCACACAGACUGGCUGCACCACCCUAGCCGGGAAGACGGAUGUACAAGAUUGAACAUACAAACGGGUCCAACUCUCAUCAAAUACCGCAUAACGGGGAUCACAGAGUGAGGACAAUGUCAGAUAAAACAUGUGAAAAAGGAUUUACUCCAAAUCUCCCUCAGAUUUUAGGUCCAUUUUAGGUUUGCUUGCAAGGCAUGACACUGUGGAUCUGUCACUCCUGACAGGUUUUAUGUCUCCGGGACCUGGGAAUGUCUUUAAAAAGCAAUUUUACGUCCUUAUCAGCAUAUGUUUACCAUUAAACGUGGGCUGAAGUUCUGCCUCGUGGAUGCAUUUUGAUAGGGAAAGCAAAUGAAGGAACGUUAAAUGGUGUUUUGGCCGUUCAAAGCCGUUCAUCAUCUCACUCGCUGCCUAUUUUACUAUCAGAAAGCCACAGCCGCAGUCGAGGGUUAGAAAGGCAUUUUGUGUUGAUUCAUAUCACAGGAAAGAACGCUUCCCACAGGACAUGACCUUUAGAUGAUAAUGGCCAAAGAAGCAAAUAAACUUGCCCUCCCUUCGCGUUGGGGGGUGUCUUUGAAAUGCCGUUGCUCUCCCAAAGACUAAAUUCAUCAUGAAUCCUCUUCCACAGGGAGGUGGGAGGGUGACGUAUGCCCUCAAAUGUGUCUUGAAAUCCACCUUUAUAAUUGAGAUGUAAUUACAGGCGACCCUGCGACGCUCUUCUUCUUUUUUUUUUCCUUGAAUUUUCCCCUUUUUACUCCCCUAUUGGUCAAUUACCCCACUCUUCUGAGCUGUCCCAGUCGCUGCUCCACCCCCUCUGCUGACCCGGGGAGGGCUGCAGACUACCACAUGCCUCCUCCCAUACAUGUGGAGUCGCCAGCCGCUUCUUUUUCACCUAACAGUGAGGAGUUUCACCAGGGGGACGUAGUGCAUGGGAGGGUUACGCUAUUCCCCCCCCAGUUCCCCCUCCCCCACCCGAACAGGCGUCCCGACCGACCAGGAGGCGCUAGUGCAGCGACCAGGGCACAUACCCACAUCUGGCUUCCCACCCGCAGACGGGGCCAAUUGUGUCUGUAGGGACGCCCAACCAAGCCGGAGGUAACACGGGGAUUCAAACCGGCGAUCCUCGUGUUGGUAGGCAACAGAAUAGACCGCCACGCCACCCGGACGCCCGCGAUGCUCUUCUUCUAACUGCUGGCUGGAGAGGCGAGGCUGAAGAUGCAGUGCACCUUGGCCCAAGUGAAGCCAUGUUGUGUUGGGGUGCCACGUUGUCCGAGGCCAAAGGUCACUAAGGCCUGUAGGGACCGCCAUAGGGAACAAUGGGAAACAGUCCACCGUCUGUCAAAGGAAAACUUACAUGGCGGUGAGCAGGACCAGGUCAUUACAUUUGUUUGCAUCUGUGAUAGUUGGGGUGUUGAGCGGCGUAUCGUAGUUUACUGGAACCCGACACGUGUCAUCAGUUUGUUGUCUUGACAUUUCACGUGUGUUUGUAGACUUGAGUUUGUGACGUGGUCUUAUCCGUGGUAAUGACAUAGCAAUGGGAAUUUCCAACUGAAUUUGUAAAAUGGACGAAUCUUUAACAUAUUUAACAGAUAUCGCAGCGGAAGUUUGGACGGUAACAAGAAAUCGCCAAAAUUCGCACGAGCUGAAGCGUGGCCGCCAGCCGCUUCUUCAGCGUUUCAGUAUACAUGCUUAAACUUUAUUCUUUUCUACAUUUUAUUCAUUGUCCACAACAUUUCUGUUGGGUCUUUACAUUUUUAUCGGUUUAGCAAUCAAAAAGUCUUACUCCUUUCUGUCCAUAUCAUGUUUGAUUUUGUAUCCCAGAGUAUCGUGGGGUUUUUUUUUUUCCCAGAGUGAAAUAUAAACUGUGGAUGAGGCGGCACGCUGCGGCCGAGCGUCAGUAUUCAAAACGGACUUUUCAGUGCCGCGGUGCUUCUUAACGAAUGUAUCUCUCUACUUUGUACUAUGAAUAAAGACCACUGACACAUCAAA